AUGGUUUUUGUGAGCGGAAGAUCCGGCAGUUCCAGAGUCCACAAAGCGGAAUGGCAAAAUGCCACUGUCUUCGCACCGGUUCUGGCCGCAAUCAUGAGAUCAUUAAAACAGCUGCGAGCGUUUGUCGCGUCACUGGCCCUUCUUCUGUCCUGGGACCUUGCGCUGGUGCCCCGGCGCGUGGCUUUACGCGGAGUCGGCUGUGGAUGCUGGGGAUGUUUGUCGAACGCCUGGGCAGAGGUGGAGGUGAAACAGGAACUGCCACUUUCGCGUGGUCGACAGGAUGCGGACUUCGCAAAGGGGAUGGCCUUUGGCAUGAUCGACUAUGAACGCGCCAUUGCCAAGAAGAAACGCAAACUCUUUCAAGAUUUGUUUGGCCUUCUGCCAAAGAGCGGGCCGGUAGUCCUUGAGGUUGGUAUCGGCAGCUUCCCCAACGCAUUGUACCUGGGUUCCCGGGAAGCACCGCAGAACAUGGACAUCAUAGGAGUGGACCCUAAUGAAUACAUGAAGCAAUAUGCACUGGACAAUGCCCAGAAGGCGGGCAUUUUGAAUUCCGAGCGUCAGAACUCCCUUCGACUGGUCCGGGGGAUUGCUGAGUCACUUCCUGUUGGAGAUCAAGUGGCUGAUGCUGUGAUUUGCACCCUUACCUUGUGUUCAGUGAAGAAUCCUUCAAAGGCCCUGGCCGAAAUACAGCGGACACUGAAGCCUGGUGGGCACUAUCUAUUUGUAGAGCACGUCCUGUCUGAGACAAAUCCCUUCUUUGCGACUGCUCAGAGACUUGCAACUCCUGAACAUGUUCAAGCAGCAGAUGGUUGUCAUUUUGACCGAAGAACGCUGGAGACGAUCCAGGGCGCUGGGUUUGCCGCUGUGGAUGGCGACUACUUCGAACUCGAGAACUGCGGUGCCACGCUCCAUCAUGCCUGGGAGAUGUGGCAGGCGACUGUGAUCGGAUGCCUCUCAAGUAUGAUCGUGAACGAGAUCUUAAGGCCUGUGCAGCCCAACGUACUGCGCGAAGCGCUGAUGUGCGCGGCCUUCCUGGCCACGGUCUUCUUCUUAUGCUCCCGUCCUUGGGCAUUGGUACAGAAGCGCGUGUCCGUGGGAGUGAUGCUUUGCGGCACCAUCAACAUGUCGGUGUCGCAACAUGCCAAGCCCUGGUGGUUCCCAUGGACCAUUGGCGUUCCAUGUACUGUAGGCGUGGUAUGUGCCGUGAUCGCCAUGUUACUACCACCAUGGCUGGCAUCGAAGGAGCUGCACCAACGUUUGGCUUUCCAGGCUUUGUCUCAGCGACAGAUUUUGGUGGAGCAAUUCACGGCCUUUUUUGCCAAGUCCAAGACCCAUCACGCAGCGGCAGCGCAUUUGCUCGAGACCUUCAGGGAUAACCAACUGAAAAUGAAGAGUUUGCUGGGUCCGGCAGCACUGGAGCUGGUGUGCGAUAAAGAUGCCUGGAGUCGCCUCAACAUGACCAUCAAAUUCUUCGAUGCCCAGCUCUCUGCCUUGAGGCGCAUUCAGCUGACGACGAGUUCUGUGACUCAGGGGCUCAUGACACUGUCGCAUAUCAAGUUUCGGCAGAGCACGGAGGAUGCCUGGCGUGGCAGCAUGAAGGGCGUGGCUUCAGUGGUGGACGAUCUCGUGGCAGCUGAACUCAGUGGAAGCGGAUCGCGGAUCUCAGAGGAUGUCUUGGAGCACCUGAAGGAGACACAGAAGAGGUUGGACCGUGAGAUCUUCAAAGCAAGAAGUGAGAUCAUGUACCAUACUGGAUCGCAGUUUGUCGAGUCGGAGCAGCAACUGAACCACCACUUGGCGCACGUCAACCGCAUGGCUUGCUACUUUGCCAUCAACGAGCUCAUUUCUGUGACGGUGAGCCAAGCGCAAGAUGCGAUGCUACACAAGCCCAGGAAAACAGCUGGUGGCCUUGGAAUGCCUUGGAAGUGCCUGAGCUGGUUCCAGCUGCCCUGCAGGGCGAGGAGCCAAGAUGCCUUGAAGAAGGUCAUUUCUUUGGGCCUGCUGAGCAUCGGCGCAUGGAUCCCUGAAUGGCGGGCGAAACGUCCUGAGUUCAUUUGGGCCUUCAUUGCAGCGAGCUUCAUCUUUUCGGAUCUCCAGGGCUCGUCCAUAAGUACCGGCAUGGGCCGUGUCAUGGGCACCGUCUUUGGAGGAAUGGUGGGUUUCAUCACCUUAGAACUCUUCCAAUUGAUCGAUUGGCCAUCCAAAGCUCUCGAGAUUGCGGCCUACAUCUUGGUCUGCGUUUUGUGGACCUUCGGCUGUAGCUUGUCGCGCUCCUCGCCGCGGCAUGGCUAUACCGCCACAGUGGCCGGCUUCAGCAUUUACAUCAUGGUGGUUGGCACCUUAGAAUCCUUUGGCCGGAAGAGCAGUUCUGAGGUGGUCUUCCAACGCAUGCAGGAGCAAUUCGCUGGUGCGGUGAUUUACAUCACCGUCGAGAUGCUGUUGUGGCGGAAGUCGGCCCGCACGAUCGUGGAUGAGCAGCAGAUCACCAUCUUGACAGCGAUCAAGGACAGCAUCGUGGAAGCCACUGAGCCGCAUCUCCUAAUCGCCAGUGACGAGGCGCAUGAGUCUGAAGCUGCACUGCUUGGAAAGUCGCAAGAUGGACUGAGUGGAGAAACCUGGUGUCCUGAUUGUCCUGGCUCUGCCUUUGUCACAGAGAACAGCGGAUUGCCCAUGGAGAGGAACUGGAAGUCCACCACGCAGGAGCCUUUCAAGCCGUUCAAGUCCUUCAAAUCCCACGAGAAAAGGGAGUCCCACAACCGAAUGGAAGAGAUCUACCGCGUGGGGAAUCAUGCCUUGGAAGCGGCCAAGCAAGGGCUAGUGGCGGCCACUUUCGAACCCACCUGGUGGCAUAAGCCCUUUCCCAUGGCGCCUUCGGCAGCAUCUUCCUGA